AUGCAAUACCAUAGCACAAGACUUGGAACUGCAUCUAUCAAUCUCCUAACUGAAGCCAUUGAUGAAACAAUCAAAACAGGAGUCGAGGUUAUGAUAUUCUCCUCUUCAUAUGAGAGUCCAGUUUCAUGUCGUUGCACUUUACGUUGUGGCACUACUUUGUACUUGAAUAAUAUUAGAGUUUACAAUGAUUUUGCUGUUAGUAUUCAACUUGAAGCUUGCAUUGAUAUUGGUACAAUUUCCAAGAUUGGAGUUUGGAUUGGACAUAAGGACUCUGCAACAAUUAGUAAUGGGUCGUAUGUUGAAUUGAUAUCAGAUUGGGUUACUUUGAAUGGUGAAAGUGAAAAGAAAGCUUAUAAUUACCCUGGCUUGUUUCUGGGUUUGUACUCCAACUCAAACAAAUUCCAUAGAAAAUUACAAGCUGUUCGCAGUGAUCAUUGUAAUCUUCCAUUGACACACACCAGAUAUUAUGCUAACAUGGUUACUGGACAUGCCAAGGAGAAAUGUCCUGUUUUUGGUAGAUUCACUGUGGAUCUUUCAAAACCAUUUUCUUUGAGAAGUUUGGCGUUUAUUUAUUAUAGAGAUACCAAUUUGAUUCCAUCUUUACAAAACUUUGAAUCCAAUGCACCUGUUGUCUCAGUCAACACUGUUGAUGGAUUUACCUAUCAUGGUAAAUUUCAACCACUGGGAGAAGAAGGUGGUUGUUUAUCUGAUUUUGGAAUUAAUUCUAGUCUUAUGUGGAAACAUCAUCCAUUUGGUCUUAAGAAUUCCAGAUCCAAGAAUGAAGUCACUAAUCAAUUUAUUGAUAUUAAGGGUGAAUGCUUUCUAUCCCUUGGUGUUUCUGUAUCUUUGAGCACAUUACCAAACACAAAUACCAAUCCAAGUAAUAUUUUACAAAAUACAUAUAACAAAAAUCAAUGUAGUCAACCAACAUUUUUUCAAAUAACAGGUGAUCAAAACGUAGAGCUCCAUCAAAAGACAGACAAGGACUUUGAGACCUUCUUUACAAAAUUUAAAGAUCUGGUUUGUGAUUGUGCUAAUGAUUUGGUUGAUAAAUAUACUGGUGAAUUUUCUGAAUGUGUCAGAAAUUAUGGUAAACUGUAUCAACAUUACGCUGGUGUCAACAUUCAGCUUUUAGUUGAAUCAGUUAUCAACAAUAUUCAAAGUGGUUUGAAUAUGAAUGAUGCAGGUGCACACAUUGAAUUAGUGAAACAACUUGUUGCAGACUUUUUAGGACAUAUGUAUAAUCACUAUUGUGCUUUCAUUACAAAUAUAAACAAUAAUCAAAAUGCAUUGCCUCCAAAGGUUAACCAAUUAAGGAUGAAUUAUUAUGCUAAAACUCAAAAAAUAGCCGACAGUAUUGCAUCAUUCCAUCAAGACUUGGAUAAGAUUUCUAGACGUAUCGAUGCUUAUAAAGAAUGGAGACAAACAAUGAUGGAAUAA